AGAAUUUCUCGCGUUGAAUUUGGGAGCGCUGGGUCCAUUGUUUCCAAAACCACGUCGCGCCACUUCAUGCCACAAAAAGAAUUAACCAACAAACUAAAGCAAAAGAAAACGCUCGACGAAAUCGUCAGGUAUUCAUACCACACAAUGGAGAAUCACCUCUACAAUUGUUUAUAAAGCAUUACUUUCUUCUUUCUUUUAGCAUUAUGCGCCAUGGUGAUUUGAGCACGAUGACACCCAAAACAGUGAAGAGGCAGUUGGAAAAAAAACUUAGCCUUGAAGAAAAGAUUUUGGAUCAAUCACCAUGGAAAGAAAAGAUGAAGGAGCUGAUUAAUACGGCUCAGGACAUAUACGAGCAAGAGCCAGCGGCUCCGAAAUCAACCAAGAAGGAAAAUGCUAAGCAUCCAGCCAGCGAAACUAUCUCAAACGCCUCUAACGAUGAUGAAAAGGCCGGUUCCAAACGAAAAAUUAAAGGCAAGAAGUCGUCCGAGAUUGUACAUAGCGAUAGCGAAUCGGAGUCGAACGAAACAGAUCAUGAGAGCAUAGAUGAAGAUGCUCCUCCUACCAAGAAGAGUAGAACUAAAAAGACUGCAACAAAAAAGACCGCAAAGCCUACUGAUGGAGAGUCUAAGUCGGAGGAGACCAUAAAACGAUUGAAGAGCUACAUUAACAAGUGUGGUGUACGCAAGAUAUGGUCUAAAGAAUUGGCCGGUUGCGAGACGGCUAAUUCCCAAAUUGCAAAGUUGCAGUCAAUUUUACGUGACCUCGGCGUUGAAGGGCGCCCAACUGUUGAGAAAUGCGAAAAGAUCAGGUCAGAGAGAGAAUUGAAGGCAGAAAUAGAUAGUCUCUCUCGAGACAAUAUUUUGGCAUCGGAAAAGCGCGCCACCCGAUCAGUGGUGCCACCAGUGGACGCAGUUGAAGACACUACUGAAGAAGUAGAGGUAGGUCUAUGGGAUAUCUAAACUACAGCAAUAGCCAC